AUGGAAAGCAUCCUCGCCAGCUAUCCAGAUUACAAGUCAACGUCCCGUUUGGACGACCUUCGCGCAACAGACUACGGCUACCUCGACAAGCAAGGACACCUCUAUCUCGAUUUCACUGGCGCGGGCCUCGCUGCGCAGUCUCAAUUCCGUGCACACGAAGCUCGACUCGAGCAAACCCUCUUCGGGAACCCCCAUUCCAUAAAUCCAACGAGCCAGUCUGCUACCAACCUUGUGGAAGAUACCAGAGCUCGCGUCCUAUCCUACCUCAACGCAUCCCCGGAUGACUACACUGUCAUUUUCACCCCGAACGCGACAGGCGCAGCAAGACUGGUCGCAGAGGCCUAUCCCUUCAAGCGGCGAACGAGGCUUGUCCUCACAUCCGACAACCACAACUCGGUCAACGGUCUGAGGGAAUUUGCGCGCCGAAACCAUGCCCGGACUGUAUAUAUCCCCGUCCGCGCUCCGGAGCUGAGGGUAGAUUCAUCUGAUCUGAUGUCAGCACUAAAGCCUCGCAAGACAGGGUUGUUCGGUUCGGCAGCCCCCCGCAGGAGCGGUUUGUUCGCAUACCCGGCCCAGAGCAACUUUAGUGGUGUGCGUCAUCCGCUUUCUUGGAUCGGCGUGGCACAGCAGCAGGGUUAUGACGUGCUGCUUGAUGCCGCGGCUUACUUACCGACCUCGAUCCUCGAUCUGUCCCCCUCUGGCGUCCAACCAGAAUUCGUCAUCGUCAGUUGGUACAAACUGUUUGGGUAUCCGACCGGGGUCGGCUGCCUGAUCGUGCGGCGCGACGCUCUGUCACGACUGGCCAGCACGCGACCUUGGUUCUCCGGGGGCACAAUCACGGCGGCGUCAGUUGGGAUACCUUGGCACGUUAUGGCCCCAGACGAAGCGGCCUUUGAAGAUGGCACAGUCAACUUCUUAUCGAUUCCAGACGUUCAUUUUGGGUUGGACUGGCUGGACGGAAUCGGGAUGCCCUUGAUCGCUACCAGAGUCCAGUGCUUGACCGCAUGGUGUCUUGAUCGUCUACGAACCCUGGAACACAGCGACGGGUCGCCGGUGACCAGGGUUUAUGGUCCGACGAAUAUGAUAUCAAGGGGCGGUACAAUAUGUUUCAACUUCCUAGACGUAGGCGGCAGAGUGGUGGACGAGAGGCUGGUCGCCGUGGAGUCGUCGACGCAAAAGAUAUCACUGCGGACCGGCUGCUUCUGCAACCCAGGCGCUGGCGAAACAGCCUUUGGUCUGAACAAAAGGGCGUUGGAGCCGCUGAACCAGGUUCAGAGCAACUCUUUAGAUGACUACGUACGGCUGCUUGCUCCGGUUGGAGCCGUACGUAUUUCCUUCGGCUUUAUAUCGACGGCAGAGGAUGUGGAACGGUUCAUUGACUUUGCGGAAAAGACAUAUCGAGAUAGACUGACACCUGUCAAUGGUCUGCCAGCACAAGACCGCUGCUAA